UGGUGACAAUGCUUCGGAUGUUCAUAACUGCCGACUCCAUAUCUCGUUGGAGAAAGACUUGCCUCUAUUUCAGAGGGUUAACAAUAGAUUCGGGGGCCAUAUACAUAAUGGGCCCUCAUAGUCGUCAUACCUGUCCCUCGUCGUGAAUGUCCAUGAAUUGUCACGAAGCAAAAAUAUUAUGACAGUCGUUAGUGAGGCCCUCUCGUUUGCAGCGCCUAAGCAUGCGCUGUACAUCUUUGCCGUUCUAUUCCUACUGCAUAUCUGCAAGCUAUACCUCAACAACGGCCUGAAUCGCUAUCCUGGCCCCGUCUUGGCAAGGUUUACGGAUCUGUGGCGAUUCGUUGAUGUAUGGAAGCGGCAACCUCAUGAGACACAUAUUGCCCUGCAUCGCAAACAUGGCGAUGUUGUCCGCAUUGGGCCAAACACCCUAUCAUUCGGCAGCCCAGCUGCUGCCAAGGUGAUCUAUGGUUUGAACAAGGGGUUUACCAAAUCUGGAUUUUAUCCCGUCCAGAUGACCGUCUCCAAAGGGGAGCCGUUGCCAUCGCUGUUCUCCACUCUGGAUGAGAGGUUUCAUGCGGAGCUUCGGCGAUCAGUCAACCACGCAUUCUCGAUGAGCUCCCUGGUCCAGUAUGAGCCCUUGGUAGAUGAGACAACCCUUCUCUUCCUCGAUCAGACAGAUCGCCUCUUUGCCAGGAGGGACGCGGUGUGUGAUUUCGCACGCUGGUUGCAGUUUUUCGCCUUCGAUGUGAUCGGUAGCAUUACAUAUAGCAAGCGACAUGGCUUUAUCGAGAAGAAUGAGGACAUUGAUGGGAUUGUACAGUCCCUGGCCCGCAUUUUCAACUAUGCCGGACCGGUUGGCCAGAUGCCGUGGUUAGACAAAGUAUUCUGGAAGAACCCAAUCUUCGAUGCCAUGCAAAAAUGGGGAUUAAUGGAUAAUUCCCAUCCGGUGGCCGUCUUUGCACGCGAACGGAUGCUCGAACGCAUGUCAUCCAAGGACGUAGGGUCCCAAAAUGACCUUCUUACUAAAUUCAUGAAAGCAGGAGAGGUGCGACCCGAAUUCAUGACAGAGAAAAGGGUCCUGACCAUGGCCGUAUCCAUGGCCUUUGCCGGGUCUGAAACGACUGCGAUUAGUCUUGCGGCUGUAUUCUACUAUCUACUCAAGUCUCCAGAGUAUAUGCACCGGGUACGGGAGGAAUUAGAUGAGGCGGUUCAGAACGGUAUCGUCGAGAACCGUCCAACCGGCCUCGUCUCGUGGACGGAAUCGCAGAAGCUUCCCUUCCUUGAUGCCUGCAUCAAAGAGGCUUUCCGCAUCUUUCCCGCCGCUGGUCUUCCCCUUGAGCGUGUUACCCCUCCUUCCGGGAUCGAUAUCGCCGGUCAUUUCAUCCCAGGUGGCACGAUCGUCGGCUGUAGCCCCUGGGUGAUACAUCGCCGACAAGACAUUUUCGGCGCUGAUGCGGACAUGUACAAUCCAGACCGGUGGCUGCGAGCCUCUGAGGAACAGCUAAGAAUUAUGAAUGGAAUGAUGCUCCAGUUCGGUGCUGGUGCGAGGACGUGCAUUGGGAAGAAUAUUUCACUGAUGGAGAUAUAUAAGUUAAUCCCAAGUUUCCUCCGACGAUUUGAUGUGAGAUUGGCUUCCCCCGAUCAGGAGUGGAAACUCUGGAACGCUUGGUUCGUGCGUCAGUACAAUUUUAAGACUAUCUUCACCCCGAGGAAGGUCGAGUUAUUGUAACCAUUCCAUACUCUGAGCAUGCAUCUUUUGGAAGGCUCCACACUCUCUUCAUGGUUUAUAUUAUAUGAUUCCCGUUUGUGUAGAUACAUACGUCUUGUCCGCAUAUUCCCAAUUUGGUGCCCUAUUGCUAAGGCGAACGGAC